ACCGCACCGACCGACCAGUGUUCCUCACUCCCUCGUUCCCGUUUCUGCUCUAUCCGCUGCUUGUGCUCGAGAGGAGAUGCGCCCUCUUCAGACGAAUUAGGGUGGAACCUCGAAGUGCUCAGAAAUAAUAGCGAAGCCUAGCAAUAGCAACAGCACAACGCGUAGCGCUCCCGUCUAUCAGUCAGGGUCGUACAGUACACGCAAUCGCGCCGCAUCGGCUCUCUCUCAGCGGCUAGUGGAGUGACAGUGCAGUAGACACGACCCUCAGCGCGUAGUUAGACUCCUCGCCAUGUUGCUUUUCCGGGAGCUCAUUAUUUGUGCGAUUCAAUUAUGCGAUUUACUGUUGUUAAAGAAGUCCGCUAAUCGCACAUAGGGACACCAUUCCCGACGCGCAUUCCCUACACGCACUCCCGAUAGCUCAGGUCCCACUGCUCGCGCGUUCAACGUCAACAUGGAAACUGGCCGACACAUUUAGUCUCCACGGAUGGACGAAUCUGCGUUUGAGAUUUUUGAGUCGACUCAAAAAUCACCGACGAAUCUGCGUUUGAUUCGACUAAAAAACGACAACAUGGAUACUGGCGAAGAGAUUUAGUCUCCACGGAUAGACGAAUUCAGAUAUUUACUUACGACGCGACUUGCGACGCCUAAUUAUUAUCGGCUCGGAAAUGGCCGACGCUCAAUAUCGCCUUAGUGAGCUGUUCUUUUGACGAAGCUUUCGUAGUCGUCCUCGCCUUCGUCGCCUUCCUGGUUUCGUUUCGCCGUCGCAGUCGUCGUCGCCGUCGCCAUAUCCGGCGUCACUAGCAAGAUCGUAUUUGUUUACAACCCAUAGGCAAACGGCCACGUUUGAGCUCAGCGGCGGCGGCAGGGUUGAGGGUGUACCUCCGAGCAGCACCCAUAUGCUUGCAUUUGAGAAUGCAGGGGCAGCGUCGAAGCUUGCUUCACGAAGCACGUAGCAGGAGGUAGUAGCCGUGGUGUUUAUCGUCCGUUACUCCGGUUCUUUCACAACUCGGGUACCUCCUUUUAACGGGGAUACCAAGUUUACGACCAUGAGGAAAAGCGAAUCAUACCAUGGACCGGCUCUCCGCGAGUCCCACCCCUUACGCCACGUGUCCCUCCCCUCACGCCGCCACGUGUCCCUCGCCUUCCUCGGUCCUUUCCACCUCCCCCUCCUCCUCCUGCCCCUCCUCCACUCUCUCCUCCCCUCAUCGCCGUUCACCAGCCCACUGAUGGUAGCCGCGGCUGCUUGCCCCGCGAGCAUCCCCACAGUCUAUGCCAACCCCAGCGGAUCCCAAUCCGCAUGCUGCGGCUCACAAGACAACCCCUGUGGCUCACUGGAAGCAGCACUUGCCAGAGCUGCUGACAACGCUACAAUCACACUCGCUUCAGGCACAUACACUCGCACCACUCCCCUCCCCCCCAACUCCACCACACCCCCCACCACCACCACGACCACCAUCACCUCUCUUCCCCCUCCCUCCGCCCCCAUCCUCCUCCCUCCCCUCCUCUCCCUCACCAUCCUAGGCCCGCCCCCCCCCUCCCCUCCUGCUAUCCUUAACUGCAAUGGCGGGCCUUGUAUCAUUGCCUCAUGCCAGCACAGCAGCAGCAGCAGCAGCAGCAGCAGUAACGGCAGCGACGGCGGCAGUGGUAGUGGUGGUAGUUGGUGUGGGCAGCAGCAGCCGGUGCUGGUGGUGGCGCAUUUGAGUGUGGUGAAUGGGGUGACCGCAGGGAGUGGAGGAUGCCUGCUGAUUGAUGGAUACAAUGCGGUGCUUAGCCACGUGUCCUUCUCUAACUGCACGUCAACAGGCCCCAGUGGCGGUGCAAUAGCUGUUCUAGGAGCUGCUACAGCUGCUGCUACAGCCACUGCCACAGUCGCCGCUACAGCUGGUGCUACAGCCACCGCUACAGCUGCUGCUACAACUGUCGUUGCUACAGCCCUAACCGUCAGCAACAGCAGGGUGCGGGGCGGGGGCAGCGGCGGGGGCAUGUACGUGGGGGAAGGGUCCAUGAACGUGACAAUUGAAGAUUCGAGCUUCAAGGGGUGCACGGCCGUGUCAGGGGGGGGUUUGAGCGAGUUCAACUCAUCUACCACCAUCGCCAACACCACCUUCACAGCCUGCACCGCCAGCCAAGGCUCCGACUUCACAGUUUUCCCCCGCGGGGGGGGCGCCCUCUUCAAUGCCUCCCUCUACAUGCACAUCCGCGACAGCCACUUCUCCCGCUGCUCCUCCUCCUCCACUGGGGGCGCCAUCAGCGUGCAGAUGGCGGUGGCGCCCCUUAUAGUCACGGGGUCGGUGUUUGAGGAGAAUGAGGCGCUCAUACAAGGCGGGUGCCUCGAGCUCAUCAUGCUGCCAGGCAUCUCCCAGAUCCUGGACUGCCGCUUCAUCAACAACGUAGUAACCAACGUGCCGUCCUUUGCAGCGGGAGUGGUGGCGUACAGCGCAGCCAUCACAGUGCACAACAGCCAUUUUGAGGGCAACGUCGCCUCGCCCACCCCGGCUGGCGCGGGCAGUGCGUCGGCCACGUACCUCUCGCAGGGCGCAGCUGUGAUGGUGUUUUCGUACAUGGACCCCCUGAUCCCCAUCACCAUCACGGACUCAGUCUUCAAGAACAACUCGGCCGGCCAAGCGGGGGCAGUGUUUCUGGAUUCCGGCAAAGCGACUAUAACGAAUUGCUCCUUUAUUGAGAAUGGCGACUACGAGAAUGCCCAGAUUGGUGGCGCCAUGGUGUCCCGCACCAUCACUGCCAUCACCAACUGCACAUUCCACGGCAACAGGGCGGCGGGCGAGGCGGGGGCCCUGCACUUCAUGCCGUAUAGCCCGCUGUCCAUCGCCAACUGCACCUUCACCAACAACUCCGUGCUCGCCUCUCAAGGGGGCGCCAUCAACAUCUACCCCGGCGUAUUCCCAGUGCACAUAUCUGGGAGCCGAUUUGAGAACAACACGGCGGGCUUAUCUCGGGGAGGCGCCAUCUACAGCGAGAGCAUGGAGCUGCACGUUGCUGAUGUGGUCUUCCAGGGGAACCAAGCUGGGCUACAGGGAGGGGCUGUGACGGUCUAUGGAGCUGAGUCCGAGGGCAAGCCUGCCACUGCGACCUUCACCAGAUGCACCUUUCAGGGCAACCGGGCGGCGCUAGGGGGAGGCGCUAUCUACUCGGGGCUGAGCGUGCGCAUGCGCUUGACGGGCAGCCGCAUAGAAGAGAACCACAGCCAGGGCACGGGAGGGGGUGUUCUGGUGCAGGAGUUCUCUAGAGUGACCAUGGCGGACUGUGACUGCAUGGGGAACAGGGCAUCCACGGGAGGAGGCUGCCUCUCCCUCCUCGCCAAUGCCACGGCUCUCCUCUCCUCCUCUCGCCUCCUCCUCAACCGCGCCACCAGCGAGGGCGGCGCUGCCAGGGUCAGCGGAGCAGCCACGCUCUCCCUGCUCUCCUGCAACGUCUCCCAGAAUGCUGCCCCCUGGGGGGGUGCCGUGUGGGUGGAAAUGGGAGCGAGGAUCCGAGCGGAAAACCAGACGGUGUUUUCUGGUAACCGCGCGGAUUAUAUGGGGGGCGUGGUGUACGCGACUCACGUCUCGGAUGUGACUAUAAAGGGGAGUAGCUUUAGGGGGAACUACGCGCUGCAUGGGGGGGCGAUCGCGGCCGAAGCAGAAUCAAAUCUCACGGUGGUGGAUUCGGCGUUUUCUGAGAAUGCAGUGUCAGCGGUGCUGCUGCAGGGGCUGGCAGAUGCGACCUUCACCAGAUGUACCUUCACCCAGAACCGGAACCCCUCCGGGACAGGUGGUGCGCUGCGAUUGGCCGACGGGGUCGUUGCCAUUGUGCAGGCGAGUAGGUUCGAGGGGAAUGUGGCUGAGCUGGGCGGAGGCCUGGCAGCAGAUGGGCAGGCUCGGCUGGACCUAACCUCAGGUUCGGUAUUCACGGGAAAUGUGGCACAAGUAGGGGCGGGAGCCGCGUUUGUGGGAACCGCAAUAGUGAAUGUAUCAGGGUGUGCUUUUAAGGGGAACAACGCGAGUGUGGCGGGAGGGGGGGUGGCAGUGCUAGAGCAAGCAUCUGGGGGGGUGGGGGGGAGCGAGUUCAGUGGGAAUUAUGCCGUGGUGGGCGGAGCUGGAAUGUACGUGCUGCGCUCGCCACUCAGAGCAGACGGGGCAGCUGGGGAGGCAGCGGGAGCAGCGGGUGCAGGCACUGCUGGAGCGAGUGGCUCAGGUGGAAACUCAGGUGGAAAUUCAGGAGCAGGCCGCCAGCUGCAGCAGCAGCAGCAGCAGCAGCAGCAGCAGGGGCGGCUGGUGGUGCGGCAGCUGAGCUUUGAGGGCAACAGGGCGCUGUACCUGCAGGCGGCGGCCUUCUUUGAGGCUACCACGGACCGCCAGAUGCGGUCGCGCUGUGAGGGGUGCGAGUUCAGAGGGGCGGGGGACACCCAGGGCACCAUGCCCGCUGCCUUCUUCCUCAAGUGGCCCGGGAGGGAGGAGGACUCGAGCAUGGUGAACUCGAGAGGGGAGACCUUUGUGGUGCAGGCGGCGGUGGGGGCGCACAUAGAGGGGCUGCAAGUGCACGUGCUGGACGCACUCAACCAGAGCGUGGCGCAGGACGGCACGUCCGUGGCUGCUGUGUCGCCGGAUAGCAGGAUCAGUGGGGACCUGAGGGGCACAGCUGUCAAUGGGGUCAUCACCAUUCCGUCCAUUGGGAUUCAGGUUACACCAGAGGAGGCGCAAUCCUUUGAAGUCACGGUCACCCUCUCAUCCCCUGCCAACGCUUUUCCAUCUGUCACCCGCGCGUUCAACAUCUCCUUCUGCUCCUCUGGCCAGUUCUUGAAUGCCACGUCCCUCACCUGCCAGGACUGCUUAGUCGGCCACUGGUGCGAGGCUGGGCAGCCUAUGCAGCCGUGUCCAGGCGGCCUCUUCUCCUUCUACCCGCGUGCAGCCAGCCCAUCAGAGUGCAUCCCGUGUGACGACGACAACCUCGAGUGCACCGACGGCACGCUCACCGUCGCCUACCAGAGCUGGCUGGACCUGCAGUCGCUAAACAACACCCCGACUACAUAUAGCUGUCUGGUGGCGGACGGGUGUGUGGGGUACGAGUACAACGAGCAGUGGGGGCAGACGACUAGUCAAGGCGUGAUGAUCCAGUGCCAGCAGGGCUACGACGAGAGCAUCCCCACGUGCGCAGGAUGUGUCGACGGCUACUUCCUAGUGCUGCAGCAGUGCACUCAGUGCAGCAGCACUCUAACAAGGGUGUUUCCCCUCCUGCUCAUCCUGGUGAUCCUGGCGUGGGUGGGGAUGAACGUGCUGGCCGACACCUUCAGCAGCAUGGACAUCUUCCUCAACGAGCUGCAGCUGCUCGUUAUGAUCGCCUCCUUCAACCUCAACUACCCCGACCGCUGGGUGCAGACCCUAGUCAAGAUCUACAACUUUGCGGUCUUCGAUCCGGACGCCAUAGGCCCGCAGUGCAUCUUCAACUACACCUUCACCUCCAAGUUCUACCUGGGGAUCUUCAUCCCCGUUAUAGGCCUCUUCGUUUACGCGCUGCUGUACGCGCGCCACCGCUGGUGGGGCGGCACCACAUGGUCCCACAUUUACUCGUGGCGCCAGGGGCCCAACCCCCAGGCGAGGCUGAUGCGGUCCGUCACCAGGCGGAGGGCUUAUAACGAGUAUGAGAACUCGAUCGUGCACGCGUCGCUCAAGUGGCUGGACCUGUGCUAUGUGUCGGUGAUGGUCCGCGUGCUGUCUGUUUAUAAGUCAAUGACCAUAGGAGGCGAGGUGCUGAUGGCAGCGGCGCCGCAGAUCGCAUGGUUCUCGCCCACCCACGUGGGCAUGUUCUCUGUCUCUCUCAUCGUCUCCCUCGUCUACCUGCUGGGUUUGCCCCUCUUCUUCGCCUACGUGCUGCUGGACGCCCAUGCCUCCGACGCCCUCUCUUCUAACCUAUUCAAGCAACGAUUCGGCUGGCUCACCGAGCGAUACAAAAGGAACUUCUGGUGGUGGCAUCUAGUCACCAUGCUGCUUAGGCUGCUCCACGCGCUCAUCCUCGUUUUCCUGCAGCAAGACACGCGCGCCCAGAUCGUGAUAAUCCUGCUCAUCCAGGCCCUGAGGAUCGGCUCGCAGUACAAGUCCUCGCCCCUCGCCUCACUCUCCCUAGACUACCUACAAGCCUUCCUCUCCUUGGGCCACUUCUUCUUCACUCUCGGCCUCCUCUGCUUCAACUACAUCAAGCUCUCCGCCUUCUCCCAGGCCGUCUUCGCCCUCUCCUCCCUCCUCAUCCUCGCACCCGCCGCCUGCGCACUCACCUUCGAAGCAAUCAACAAGGACCUAGAGAUAGUCAACCGGCAGCUGCUGUAUCGGGUCUGGAAGGUCGAGCGGCGGAGAAACAAGGCUAAGUACGACAAAAUGGACCCGUACGAUCUAGUCCCGCCGCAGGAGAUCUCAGCCUGGUUCCGCCCGCAUGUCAUAUUCCCGCUGCUCUUAACUAAGCGCGCGCACGAGCGGAAACUUUUGCUUAAGGUCCGGGAUCGCGUACAGACGUGUAAGUUAGCGGGUAUGGCGCCAGUUGACUGGGUGAGCCACCUUAACAAGCCGCAGCUGUACGCGGUAUUGAGUCAGGCUUUAUUGGGCGCGAGCGCGGGGCAUAUCACCAUAGCGAGGGUGCCUAGAAGGGGGAGGUUUUGCAGGGAGCAUGGGCGGUGGCAUGCGGCAGGGGAGGAGUGCUGCUUCCUGGGGACAGCAGGGACGGUGGACGGGGAGGGGGAGGGAACGGGAGUAGGGGCAGGAGGGGCAGGAGCAGGAUCAGGAGGAGCAGCAGGAGGAGCAGGAGGAGCAGGAGGAGCAGGAGGAGCAGGAGGAGCAGGAGGAGCAGGAGCAGCAGUGUCGGCACAGUUGCUGUCAGCAGCGCCUUGGACGCCGAGGAUAGAGAGGCAUGUGAGCUGGGCAUCUCAUGGCAGCAGCAGGGACUUUGACGGCAGCGCCUCUGGCCGCAACGCCACCGCUGCCACCGCCGCUGCUGCUGCUGCUGCUGCGAAUGCUGCUGGCGGAGGUGGUGCUUCGGCCGGCCCUGGCAUGUCCCCCCUCGCUGGAGCGUCCCCCCUCGCUGGCAUGUCUCCCCUCGCUGGCAUGUCCCCCAUACAUGGGCUGUCGCCCUUUGCAGGAGCAGCAAACGCUGGUGCCUCACCCAUCCAUGGGAUGUCGCCGCUGUCAGGCGCGCAUGGUGCCUCGCCCCUACAGGGCGCAUCACCACUAGGGGGAGCGUCCCCCAUACAUGGUAUGUCGCCCCUAGGGGGAGCGUCCCCCAUACAUGGCAUGUCGCCCCUUGCCCCAGCAGCAGCAGGUGGGCCAGGGGCGUCCCCCCUCUCCCGAGUCUCAGGCUCGGGAACCGACAUGGGGGGAGGACAGGAAUCCCCCCUGCCAUUGCCGUUGCAACGAGAGGGAGGAGGAGGAGGGGGGAGACGGAUAGCGGAUGGGGGGAUUGGGCAGGCGAGGACAGAUAGCAUCAAGGUGCAGGGGCUGGUAUCGUGGGAGCAGCAAGGGGCGGGAGGAGCAGGAGGGAAGUUCGAGAGGCUCGGGGGUGGUGGAGGGGCAGAGGGAGGAAUAGAAGAACAAGGAGCAGGGGAGGGAGGGGGGGAGGUGCAAGGAGAGGCAAGAGUGGGAGGAACAGGAGAGGGAGGAGGAGAAGGAGGAGAGGGAGGAGGAGGAGGAGGAGGAGAAGGAGAGGAGGGAGAGGGAGUGGAGUACGUGGAGGCGAAGAUGAAUAUGGCGGAGCUCACUCUGACCUUCCAGCGCCACCUGUCGGUGCUGGUGCGGGCCGAGAAGAAGAAGCGUGAGGACUCGCUGCGGCGCCUGCUGCAAUCCGAGUGCAUCCCGGACAUACUCAGCUGGUUGACCAGCUCUGACUGUGCACAGGACGAUCAGAUGCUGCUGAGGGAGCUAGUGCUGGCAGUGCGUGUGGCGGCGCUAGAAGAGACCGGAGGGCUGGACUGGUUCCGAGGCGUGAGGUGCUUCUACCGCAACAGAUUUGCUUUCAUCAAUGUAGGAAGGAGCAAGAGGAAGGGCGGGGGUGGGGAAAAGAGCAAGGCUGGGGGGAAGGGGGAUGGAGGGAGCAGUCAGGAUGGUACUGGUACCUGUAGGGGCCUUCUUGGGUGGUUUCAGGGAAGCGAGAAGGCAACUGCUGCAGGUUCUGCCUCUGCUUCUCCUGCUGCUGAUACUGCAGCUUCUUCCGCUGCUGGCUGUAUGCCGUCAGGCGGAAGUGGUGAUGUGAAUGGUACCCAUGGCCUCGGAAACAUGUUAUGAGGUCGAUCUACUGGUGAAUCAGUGUAUAACUUGGUAGGUACACCUGCCUCAUGAUGCAUAAUAAACGUUAUUUAUUGUACUUGCUGCUUCUUUCUCUCCCCUUUGAUGCGAGGAUUAGACAUAUGGUAUGCACCAUAUAUCAAAAUGAGUAGUGAGUAGAAUAGAAGGAUACAGGGGUAUACAGACUAGGGGUUGUACCCUCUAAGGCACAGUCCA